GGAGCUCCGUACAGCUCUUCUUAAUACUGUCCUUCGUCCACAUCUAAACGACAUCCGAGAUCUACUACUUCCUUUUCACCAUGCUCUUCCACACUCUCCUACUGGCCGGCACGGCAUCCGCAUCAUGUCUUCACGGACUUUCCAAAUUCAAGAGACAAGAGGGCGGUGAGGGUGGGGUACCCAUCAGUCAAUUCGGCUACACGGGUCUUAUCGGUCCGUUGAACUGGGCCUCCCUUGGUCCAGAGAAUGAGGCUUGCAAGACGGGGAAGCAGCAGUCGCCCAUCAACAUCGACCAGUCUGUGUCGCUUGCGACCGAGAGGCCCGUCGUCACCAUUGAACAACAACCCGUCGAAUUCGAGAAUCUCGGCUCCACCGUCGAGGUCAUUGUCAAUGGCACCACGUCUUUCGCCGGUAACGACUUCAGGCUGAAGCAGUUCCAUGUGCACACGCCCUCCGAGCACCGCGUUGGCGAGGAGUUCUUCCCCAUGGAGGCACACUUUGUGCACGAGGGAGUCACCGAUCCCAACCAAAUCGCCGUCAUCAGCGUCCUCUUCCAAAUGUCCGCCAACGAGACCUCGACGCCCUUCAUCUCGGGCCUCCGCCCGCACCUCGCCGCCAUCUCCACCCCGGGCACCAAGACGGCCAUCGAAUCCGGCCUCGACUUCGCCUCCAUGAUCAACCACGUCCAGACCACCGAACUCUUCCAGUACACGGGAUCCCUGACCACGCCGCCCUGCGCAGAGGGCCUCACCUUCCUCGUAACCAAGAACCCGCUGCCCCUAGACGUCGACACGUUCAACGACAUCAAGCGCGUCGUCAAGUUCAACUCGCGGUACACGCAGAAUACGCUCGGCGAGGAGAACCUGAUUGGCGUGGCCAUGGUGGCGGGCACGGAGCAGCAGUUUACGCCUCCGCCUGUUCUGUCGCCCGGGCAGGGGCAGGAGCAGGAGCAGGAGCAGGCGGCUGGUGGCGAGGAGCAGCCGACGCCCAGCGCGGGUGCGGGUGUCCGUGAGGGUGAGGGCGGCGCCGCGCAGAUUACGUCCGGCGCGACGGUGGUGAUUAGUGAGAUUGCGGGGAUGCCGACGAGUUUGUUGGCGGUGAUUGCGUAGGUGGGAGGGGAGUGGAGGGGAGGAGGGAGGGUCGAUAGCCUAUUAUUGACUGGUUAGCCUAGGUUUGCUGGGG